AAGGGCAUUUCAACAAAAUAAGAAAAGAAAAACUCUGUGCGUGCAAAGUGCGCACCUUUCUCCUCCUCCUCUCUCUUACAAGCUCAGUCUGAGCAGCGAUGGCGAAGCUUGCAGUCAUGGUGAAGACAAGAAAUUAAGGAAUCAGAUCACUAGCCUGAUAUUCAAGCCAUCGCCAAUUCUCCGUCUCUGUCUCUCUCUCUCUGGUGACUUGCGAGGUACGACCACCAUCACCAACCACAUCACCGCCGUCUCGUCCCAAUCGCGACAACCCUAUCAUCGCCAUCUAGAACACCACCAUCAUCCUGCAAAUCGAAAUCGACCACCUUCAUCUCAUGUCCUCCCAAAUUAAGAUUUAGGGAUCGGUGAAACUAGGUGGGAAAGCGCAGGUCAGGACUCAGCGCUAUGGAGAUAGAAAGGCUGAUGGAUGGAUCCUUCCGUUGAAAACAAAAAAAACUCAGCUCAAUCAUUUCUUUCAGGGUUGAGUAGUUCAUGCUUUUCGGAAACUGACGAGGUUUUAGAUGGGGGAUUCUGAGGUUAAUGUGAAGGCUCAGAAGACAGUUUUUGUAACUGUUGGAACUACUAGUUUUGAUGCUCUUGUUAGAGCGGUGGAUACACAUGAGUUUAAAGAAGAGUUGUCGAAAAGAGGGUAUACUCGGCUUCUAAUCCAUGGGCGCGGAUCCUAUAUUCCAACAAAGGCUGAAGGAGGAGAUGAGCCCCUUGCUGUUGAUUACUUCACUUUUUCUUCAAGCAUUGCAGACCACCUGAGAGCCGCAUCUCUUGUGAUCAGUCAUGCAGGGUCAGGUAGCAUAUUUGAGACAUUGAGGCUUGGUAAGCCCUUAAUUGUUGUCGUGAAUGAAGAUCUGAUGGAUAACCAUCAAAGUGAGUUGGCAGAAGAACUAGCAGACAGGAAGCAUUUGUACUAUGGUCGCCCGCAGACACUUCAUCACGUUGUAGCAGAUAUGAAUUUGGAUUCUCUCGUUCCUUACCAUCCAGGUGAUGCGACACCAGUUGCCAAGCUUAUCAACAGGUUCCUUGGUUUUGCAGAUGAAUGACGGAAUUGUAAAACGUUACGACUUUUUUACUGAAUCUAUCGAUGAUGUCUUUUGCAUGUUAUCGAUCAAGAUGCAUGUUUGGUUGGCUAGGAUCUCAAAUACUUUUGGGUAUCAGAUUGGGAAGACUU